UCCUCCCCCUCCUGUUUGAGGAGAGACAGCCUGUUUUCCGAAGGAGAGAAACUGUCCCGGAGCCUCCAGACUGGGAUUGUCCGAGUGAGAACAUGCGGGCAGCGGGGCACCAGCUGGCCGCUGUGCUGGCUCUGUUUGCCGCAGUGUUCGGGUCGCGGGCGGAGGUGAUCGAUGACAUCUUGAACAGCCUCUCCAGGGGAGCAUCCUUCCUGGAGCGGCAACAUGAGCACAUCAACCUGGAUGGGGUGGUCGGCUUCCUUAUGCUGCAAGCUGAGCUGAAGGAGGCAGUUCGGACGUGGCCUCACAGUGACCCGAUCAGCUGGGCUCAGAGAACCCGCGCAGUCGCUCUGGUCAGACGUCUUGAUCAGAGCUUCAACAAGGCCAUUGCCGCCCUGCAGCAGAAUGACCCCAAAUACUACAGAGAGUUUGAGCCCCUGCUGUCGUGGAGUUUCUGGUUGAUUCCUCAGGAGUGGAGCUCCACAGAUUCCAGCCUGGUGUAUCCCUCUACCAUGACCACCGAGUGUUAUGAUGAGCAGCUCAGCGACAAAUGUCUGACCCUGCUGCUGGGAACCUGGAAAAUGAACGGGACGCCCUGCAUCGUCACCAAACCAUGUCGGGACACCAUGACCCGCUUUGGCUGUCCACACUACUCUCUGUCCCACCAGCUGCUCUACUUCAUGAUUGGAAAAAUGAGAGGCUGCACCAACCUGCUGAAAGGCGACACUCGAGCAACCCGAGCCAACAUGACUGAACGCAGCUACGAGAAGAUCUUUUGCUCCAACAUGAUGAAGACCAACCAGGACAUCAUCAGAGACGGUCUGACCGAGCAGACGGUGGACAUCUUCAUUGAAAACAUCCUGAUUUGUGGAUUGGCUGGCUUCUCUGACUUCUACAAUGCUGAUUGGCUGCAGCAUAUCCUCAGGCUGCAGGAUGAGGAAGUGGGCUGCUUUGGGAGAGACAAGAGCAUCAUCUCUCAGAUCAUCGGAGACGAGCUGCUGGAACAGCUGCAGCCUCACAGGAGAGUGAAGAGGAGGGAGAAAAUACUUCCAGAUGGCUGUUCCAGUCAUAUGACAGCAGUGGCUGUCGGUGCUCUGGGAGGAUACCUUAACUACUACUUGACAGAACAGGACAUAACAAAGAGGCCACUCUCCUGAAUGUCCCGACCACCACCCACCCUCUUCAUGGGUGCGUUCACAUGAGCAAAACGUUGUAGAUCAUCAGACAGAGGGGCUCUUCACGGUUGGACUCCCGACACAAUGUUACUUUAUGAACAUAAGUCAUAAGAUGAUGAAAAUGCUUAAUAAAAUGCUGGGAUGUGGGUGCUUGGCACAAAA